UGUAAUGAGUUAAAUUCAUCAAUAAAAAAAUGAUCCAACGAUUGAAGUUUCCUUAAUCCGGCGCCAAUUAAACUAUUAUCUAGAGUCUAGAAAACUUUGAUUGUGUUGUUCUCCUGUAAUCAUUUAUUGUUUUCCUUCAUGUUAACAUUAUGGAAAAAAAAGAUGCUGAAAAAUUGUCGAAAUUUCAUUGGGUGGGAAUUCGUAGUUUUAGGUGCCGGUUUGGAAGAUUUCUUGUUUUUGAGCACAAAAAAAGUAAACAAAAAUGUUACUGAACAACACUUUUUGUCAAGUGACUUGUGGUUUUUCGUGUAUCCUUGCAAUUCUUGCAUUGGUGCUAUUUUUUUCACUAGGUAAUUUUACCAGUGAAAAAGAUACUGUGAUUACUAUAAAUGAGCUAAGAAUUGAGGAGCGACCGCUUUAUGUACCACACCUAAAACUAUUGGCUAGAGCAUUGAUGGUAGGAUUGAAACGAAACUAUGCCAAUGUAUCAGUCAACGUUAUGUACUGCCCAGAUUUAACACAGCCUCCAUUCAAUUUGGCUUCAAGCGGAUUGUCUGGGUCACAAAUUCUAUUAGACGUUGGAGGAGAUCCGUACGAGUAUAGAAUGCCAAAUUAUAGGCAAACAUACGAUUUUGUUCAACUUGCACAAUCAGUGUUACCAGAAGCCAAAAGUGUUUUUUUCAUAGGUGCAGGAGUUGGACCUUAUGAGGAGCUAAACUCAACCAGCCAGGGAAUUUUCAAUUCAAAAGUUAUUAAAGAUGGACCAUUUCUAAGCAAGUCUUACAUGUCGUAUCUUAAACCCAGUGAUAAAUCAUUCGGAAUUAAGCAAAUUCCAUCGACUCAAACGAAAUUUUCACUUUUGGCGGAUCUUUAUGCAUCAGAGGGUCUCAGAGGAGAGGUGAUUCAAAUCAAAGUUAAAAAACGUAUAGGAAUUGAACCAAGUUUCGUCGAGGUCUGUCGAAAAGCGAUUAUCGAUGCAUUUGGCAAUCACACAGUCGCUCUUGGUGGAGUUUUUCAUGUAAAACAUGGAAGUGCAAUUUAUCACCUAAUUGGCAAUCAGACUAGCAGAGUUUACUCGCCAGAAGAUACAGAAAUAUAUCGUAUUUAUGAAGCAAUGGCAGAUCCUGUAGUUGCUGUCGGACGUUUUAUCACAGGUGAUUUGGGUAUGAAUUUACAUCAGGAACAUUUCCAUGUUUUCUCUGGCGAUAAUUGGGGUGCUCACUACCAUUUUGAUACAACACCAGAUACAGUCGAAUACGAAGCAUACUUUAAUGUUGCGAAACGCGCCAUUCGAGUCGAUCGUCCAGACUUUGUAAUUUACUAAUAGCUUUUAUUCAAUCCAGCAUAAUAUGAAGUGAAUUCGCCCGAUAGACAUGGUUUUUCUAGGAUUUCUUCUAUUUUAUAUAAC